GGCUCCGCUGGAAAGAGCUGGCACGGCAGGAAAAGGAGGAAAAGCCCAGGAGAAGCCGCAGAGCCGCGGUCAUGGGCAGCCACCCCGCCGUGCUGCUGGCGCUCGCCCUCUGCGCCCUGCUGGAAGCCGGUCUGGGCCAUCCCCCGGCCGAGUCGCACCUGGCCCCGCGGCCGAGGAGCAAGCGAUGUUCCUGCAACAGCUGGCUGGAUAAGGAAUGCAUCUACUUCUGUCACCUGGACAUCAUCUGGGUCAACACACCUGGGCACACCGCUCCCUACGGCUUGGGCAGCCCGCCAAGGCGGCGCAAGAGGUCGGCGGGCAGGUGCGAGUGCUCGCACUCCAGGGACAGCAUCUGUGCCACCUUCUGCCACGGCAGGCCUGGGUACCUCCAGAGUCUGAAGCUCCCCGUGAGCUCUGGAGCCUCAGCGAGGUCUCUGCAGAGCGGUGCCACGAGGCCUCCCCAUCACGGGCUGCUGAGAGCUCUCAGGGACCUCAGGGUCUCCAGCCCACGCUCCAGCAAACGGCAGCAGCGCUCGCGGAGGAGCACACAGCCACCAGCUCUGCCUUGGGAAAGAAACAUCUGGAAGAAGAAGAGAUAAGAGACAGGAGCACACCAAGCUCACCAGAAGAAUUUGGAGUCCUGUGGGUGCCACCAGCUCUGCUGUCAGUUGUUAGAGCUGAAGGGAAGGCCGUGAGUGGAAGGGAAGGAGGUGGAAGUCUCCGUGUUCCUGCUGCAUGAACCAGUACUCAAGGGACUGCUGCAAAGGGAAAAACUGUCUGUCCAUCCCGUCAGAGAAGUGUCCUGGAGCUGAAUUGUGUCUUUUUGCAUCAGGCAAGAGUUGUGCUGGAGCAGCACUGGCUGGGCUGUGCCCUGGAGGCCUCAGCCAGGGGUUCUGCCAGGGGUUCUGGGCAGGGCUGGAGCAGGGACUGUGCCCUGGAGCCCUCAGACAGGGGCUCAGCCAGGGGUUCUGGGCAGGGCUGGAGCAGGCAGCACCGAGCCCAUCACUGCCCUGGGCUGCUCUGCCUGGAGCUGUCCAAGCCUGGCCCAUCCAGAGGGGUUUGCUGCUCACUGCAGUCAGGGAUGAGCUGCCUCCAGACCGAGCCCACCUUUGCACUAUUUUCUC